AUGAUAGGAAUUAAUUGUCGCCCAAACAUGAGUACUAAACCCAAUACCCGGACGAAUAGACCCCUUCCCGCAGAUUAUAAUAAAAUUAAUGAUUUGGAUAUGAGUCCUAAUCGGGGGUCGAGAAGAAAGAGACGAAACUACACCAAACUGUUUGGCUUUAUUUGUGUUAUAUUACUCGGAAUACUAAUUGUUUGCUCGUAUUAUUUGUUUCAAAAGGAUUAUACUUGUGUCUCACGUAAUGAGAAAAAGUGCCAUGCCACUAAUUGUAUUAUAUCUGCGGCUUAUAUACUGAACAAUUUGAAUACAAAUAUCAAUCCAUGCAAUGAUUUCUACGAAUAUUCUGGCGAUCUCAUUGAAUCACUAAACGCUGAUAAACAACGAAAAUAUAUUCAAAAACUAAUCAUGUAUUACAACAGUUGCCUCAACGAAGAUCUCAUCGGAGAAUUGGAUAUAAAGCCAUUGACGAAGAUUGUGGAUGAGUUGGGCGGAUGGCCAGUAGUUGGAUGGCCAGUGAGCAAAUGGCCUCAAGAGGGCCAUCGGUUCAAUUGGAUCAACACUUAUGUAAUGAUGAGAAAGAUAGGACUCAUCACUAAUUCAUUGAUAAGCAUUCGGGUGGAGAAAGACGUGCGAAACGGAUCCCGUUUUAUAGCGCAGAUCGCGGGCCCGGAGUUUGGGCUCAACAUUGAAAACGCCGAUCAAUCCAAACAAUAUUCAGAUCUAAUGAUGGAAAUGGCAGAAAUGAUGGGCGCAGACAAAUCGGAUGCCAGAAAUGAUUUGUAUAGAGUGUUCAUGUUUGAAAAGGAGCUCAUUAGUUUUUCACUCUCACCUAAAAAUCAACAAAACACCACUCAUUAUAAUACUAAUAAUUAUAUGACAAUUAGACAGAUUGAGAAAUUGUCUCCCAAUAUUGAUUGGUUUCAAUUACUGACAGAAUUCACAAACAUACCUGGACAAUUUAAACACAACAUCACUUACGACACUGAAGUUUUAGUUCGUGUCCGUCCAUAUAUCCAAAGGCUUAAUCAGAAACUCAGUACAACUGAUUCUAGGAUAGGAUUUCCACAGGAAUUGCUCGAUGAAAACCAAAUGGACAAUUGGCUCACAAAUCGAGAUGUAAAUCCAGCCGAUAUUAUCUUCACAUAUAAACCAGAAGACAACACAUUCUUCAUAUCAGAUCUAGUAAUCAAUGGUCUCUACAAAGAAGAUGUGCCGAAGGCAUUAAAUUAUGGACAGUUUGGUGUAUUGAUCGCACAACAAAUGCUCAAAGUGUUGGACAAUACUAACCCCUAUAAUGACAGGGAUGGCUAUGGCCAGGGAUGGGACCGGGAGUCAGACAAUUUAAUUUAA